AUGCUGCUGCUUCUGCAUCCAUUCAUCCAACCAGUCGGGCCAGGCCCGGCAGACGGAGGGUCUCCUCUACGCCUGGGAGCUCGUUUACCAGCUCCGGACUCUCCAUACAGACAAGUCCGCGCCUAUGAGAAGCAUCGGCCGGAAAAAUUGUCCUCGGGCUCCAGGACGAAAGAGGCCACGUCGGCGGCUCCAAGGAUAAAAGAGACCCACCGAGUCGACAACCAGACAGACGGGUAG